AUGGCAGAGAAUACAACUAGAAAGCGCACUACUACGGCAUCCGAGCCUAGCGGUACAGACAACCGUGACCGCAACACUCAUCUCGAUCAGACGCAAUCGAUCAAGCGUCUAGAACAAUGGAUUGCUGGCCUGGAGACCGAAGUGUCUGAACUGAAACGCGCCAAAGAACUGACGACAGGCCGAAAUAGGAGCGUUCUCAUUAUGAACCACGAAGAACCGGCUAUAAGAGACGCGAAGAUCCGGGCGGAUAUUGACGGUCGAAGAGUCCCUGGGUACUACCCCAGACUGCUGCAUAUCGCCUUUGUUCCAGAUUCGUUUGGCUUGGGCCUGACGAAGGCUUGGGGUCUUCACCCACAAUGGACAAUUUGGCUCCAGCAAUGGUUGUUGGGCACGGCUGUUUUCACCGCUUUGACUACACGCGUCCGCGUUCCGGACCAAGUUGAGGAUUACACCCCCUGCCUCACCUACAUGGUGUUUCAAGGUUAG